AUGCCCCAGCCCAUGUCCCAGCCCGUAGACCAACUGGCGGACGCGGACCAGCCCAAGUCCCGCGCCAAGCGCGACCUGUUCUCCCUGUCCGGAGUGAUCCGCUGUGUGACUGGGAACAGCGCCCUACUCAUGUACAACAACUACGGUUGCUUCUGCGGGCGGGGCGGUGGCAGGGGACGCCCUGUGGACGAUAUCGACAGGUGCUGCGUGGCGCACGACAGGUGUUACGCCCUGCCCACCUGGUUCAACGCGCUGUUCGUCAUCUACCCGUACAGGUGCAUCGGCAACUCCGUCGUGUGCACUAGCCGCAACUGGCUGAGGCGCAGCGUGUGUGAGUGUGACAAGGCGCUGGCCGAGUGUUUCGCCCGCUCGGUGUACAACAGACGCUUCAAGAACUACCCGUACUGCGGAGUCUUGCAACCAGAGGACCCCGCGGUGGACACUGGGAAGCACCCCGCAGUGGACGCCGGGAAGCACCCCGCAGUGGACGCUGGGAAGAAGCCCACUGUGAAACCUGGGAAGGAUGAGAAGCCUUGGGUCGGGUCGGGAGAUGGCUAUGACAGGUUCAUAAAUUAAACUGGGAAAAGUUUG